AUGGACCGGCUAUCGAUUGAGAUUCUUUCUCUGAUCGCUGCUGCUGCUGCAUCGUCGGGACCUCAAAUCGAUCUCAGCACGGUUUACGACGUCUGGACCCUGCACGACAAGCCCAAAUUUCCAGGAAGUGGAAAACCAAAAGAGAAUUCCCUGGCUUCAUGCGCUGCGGUUUCUCGGGACUGGCAGCUUGCAUUUGAGCCUUUCACAUUUCAAACGCUGGUUCUGUCACCUAAGAGGAUAGUCCAGGCUGAGAGACAAGGGUAUCUGACCCCGCGGCGGCUGGGAUAUAUCCGCAACCUUGCUGUUCCCAUCACAUUUCCGCUUCCGUGGCCGUGGGAUGUUCCGAUUAUCUUUGCUCAAGUAGGGGAAUGGCCUCCUCCAUCUGAAUCGGGCGAUGUGGAAGAGCAAACGACGAUCGAGGGGGGCGAGUCGGCUGAUGCACCUGACCCUCCAUGGGAAGACGUUGAAGGAAGCGAGGAAAACGACGAAGAUCUGGAUAAUGAUGGAUAUAUGGAUGUUGAAGACGACAUGCAGCCUCCGGAAGAGAGAGGUUACGACAAGUUGUUCACGGCAAUUGUCAGAUCAUUAUUUCGAAUAUUGAAAUUGGCGCCUGUACAUGAAAAUGGACAACCAUAUAUCAAUCUUCAACUUGGAUUUCCGGUUCCCAGGGAAUAUGGAUGGUGCUUUGCUAAAUCUAUCGAUGAACCCGAAGCUGAACGUCUUGAAGUUGGAUGGUAUAACCCUCUAUAUCUGGAUUUGGGGUUCAACCAAGACGAAUUACCAAACUUGCCGGUGAUAGCUUCAUGCAGCUUUGACCUUGUAUCUUGGAGUCUCUUCUUUGCACCCGAGACAGUCUGUAAAAUAGCUAGCAAGAUGCCUCGCCUCCGGAAGGUAAAGAUGCACCUCAGCGAUAUGGAAUGGAGAAAUCCAGAACUGAGGGUCGGGCUGAGAGAGCGCUUCGCAAGCUCAUUACCAUUGUUGCCACAAGGCGUGCUGGACUUUGAAUUACAAUACUCCAGACGAGUUCCUCGAGAUCAUUCACAUGCGCCUGCGAGCAUUGUACCGCCAGAUGAAAAGCAUGACCUUCUUAGUCAAGCAUUAUUCAACUUUUCCCAACGAGAAAACCUGUUACGGUUCUCAGCAAAGGGAAGCUUCGACCUUAACAUUCUGGGGACAUCGGAGAAGACCCUCGCUGCAAGCAAUGGCUGGCCGAAGCUGGAAACUUACGACAUCGGCUUCCUAGCCAUUACCCCAUCUGGACAAUGGUUAGCUAUGGCUUUCACGGAUACGCCCAACACCGAUAAUUUCCGAGACGAACGAUGGGGCCCUCCAAAGGCCCGAUUGAGCCAGACUAUGCGCAUCGUUUGGUCUGCACCGCUGGGCGAGCAGCAUCGCACAUGCCCCGCUUGA